GGGGACUGACGGGGGGGCCCUUGUGCCACAGCCCCCUCCGGGGCCUCCCCCAGUCAGAGUUCCCGCCUUUUGCUGUCUUUUUUGCAGGACCCCCUCCCAGCACCCCCCACCCCCGGCCCCACGCGGGGGCUGCCAGCACCGCCCCCCCACCCGUGACAGCCCGUCCCCGAGAUGAAAACCUGGGUCUGUGAUUCGGGGCAGAAACUGGAAAUUUUCAUCCCUUUUCUGGGCAAAUACCGUCCGUUGUCGGGGCGUUGCUGCCAGACCUGCACCCCAAAGAGCUGGGACGGUUUCCACCACCAGCACCUCUCCUCCCUCGGCUUCCGCGACGCCGUCCAGGUGACGGAGCAGGACACGCGGUACCGGGGAUGGCUGGUCCGAAGGGUCUGCGGUUUCCUCGCCGUCUGGGGCUGGAAAGUUCCCGCCGACACCCCCGGAGAUCUCCCGGCAAGGAUCUGCCGCAGCAGGAGGGUACGGGGUGUCGCUACCGGCCGGUCCCGCAGCUCGAGGGGGGACGGCGAAUUCCACCGGCGGUGGAAGGAGAAAGCGCUCGAGAUCCUGUCUGAGAUCCAGGCGCCGCUCUCCCUUCUCCUGCUCAGGCUGUGCAACUGGGCUCUGCUCAAGCUCCUCAGCCGCCUCUUCCUCAGCGUGCAGCUCCACCGAGGGCAGCUGGAGACGGUGCUGAGGGCUGCCAGGACGGUAGGGAACCCAGCGGCCGCUCUGGGCCCCCGUGCCUCGCCGUCAGCUGAGCCCCGGCUGCUUUCCUUGCAGUCCGGCGUGCCGCUGGUUUUCCUCUCGAUGCACAAAUCCCAGCUGGAUGGGCUGCUCCUGUCCUUCCUCCUCUUCUCCCAGGGGCUGGGGGUGCCCAGGGUGACGGCAGGUGACCAGCCCUGCAGCCCUCGCCUCCGAGCCUUGCUUGGCCGCCUGGGAGGGAUUUUCCUGCCUUCGAGGAUGGAGCAAACGCCGAGCAGCCGGGCUGAAGGGCUCCCAGGGGCUGUCCUGGCCACGUAUGUCGAGGAGGUGCUGAGGAGCCGGCAGCCUCUGCUCAUCUUCCUGGAAGAGCCCCCCGUCGCGCUGCGUCUCUCUGCCCCUGCCCGGCAGUGGCUGGCCCUGGUGUACCGAGCCGUGCGGGAUGGCGCCGUCCCCGACGUGCUCCUGGUCCCCGUGGGCAUCGCCUACGACCUGGUCCCCAGCGGUUCGCACCGGGAAGGAACGCGCGGGGCUUGGACCCUCGGCACCUGUCUCUGGGCAGCGUGCCGGGCCGUACGCCAAAACCUCGGCUGCGCCCGCGUGGACUUCGCCCAGCCCUUCUCCUUACAGGAGUUUGCGGCCAAAACCCUCGUCAGGCAGAGCCGCACGGGGAAACGGCCGGAGGAGCUGCUGCUGCCCGCCAUCCUCGGCACGUGCCCCGGCCAGCCGGGCAGCGACAGGGCGGAGGUUUGGGGGCCCGGCCCCGCCACAGCCGCCGGCGCGGAGGAGGAGGAGGAGGAGGAGAUGCUGGUGACCGCGCUGGGCCUGCACUGCCUGAGCGACGGCGUCGCCUGCUCUGCCGUCAUGGCCGUGGGGAUCACGUCCGCGUUGCUGCUGCACAAGCACCGGGAGGGUGUCUUCCUCUCCCGGCUGAUGCUGGACUUUGCCUGGCUGCUGGAGGAGAUCCUGCUGCGCCAGCGCGACGUGGGCUUCUCCGGGCAGCUGCGUGCCCUGGUGCAGCACAGCCUCAUCCUGCUCGGAGACUGCCUCACCCUCUACCACCUCUCGCCCGUCGGUGACGUCCUGGUGGUCCCCAAGGCCUCGGCGGAGGCUCUGAGGGAGCUGGGCCACCACAGCGCUGCCAUCCUGCCCGUCUUUGCCAGUGAGGCAGUGGGAGCCUGCGCCAUCCGUGCCUUGCUGAUGGAGAUGCUGCCCUUCCUGGGGGUGACCGUUGGACCCUCCGGCAUCGUGCUCAGCCAGGACGAGCUGCACCGCAAGACGCUGGAGCUGCUCCGGCUGCUGCCCCCAAACCUGCUGGGGCUCCAGCCCUGCCAGCCCCUCGACUGCUGGAGCCGGGACAUCGUGGACAAGCUCCUCCUGUGCGGGCUGCUGGAGGCUGAAGAGCCAGAGAGCGAGCGCUGGGUCUGCGACUUGGCCCCGCGGCCAUUCUGCAAGGGCCAGCCCUGGGCCGGCGUGGACUUCACCGACAGCGACAGCGGCAGCGAGGACGAGGUCCCCAAGCGCUGCUUCAAGCUCAGUGAGCCCCAGGGCUCGCCCGGCUUCCUCCUCUUCCUCUGCCGGCUCCUGAGCCCCGUGCUGAGGACGUAUGCCAGAGCUGCAGCGUUCCUGGAGCGACCCAGCUGGCCCCAGCAUGAGGCAGCCUACGUGGAGGCGCUGCUGCAAUUCCUGGCCGAGGAGGACGGUUUCGAGCAGCCGAACAGGAGCCUGGCCCUGAGCUCGCUGCAGACCUUCAAGGAGAUGGGGGUGCUGGAGGAGGUGUGGACCCCCGCCGGCCCCCUGCUCCACCUCGCCCAGCCUUUCCGCUCCAACGCGAGCCAGAGGAAGCUGGAAGCCUUCAUCCAGCAGUUCGCCCAGCCGUAGCCGCCGGCGUGGUCGCCGCCGUGCCGAUAAAUGGGGGGAGCAGGUACCCGACCCGGCUCGUGGAUUUAUUGAAUCCCACGGCGGGGGGGGGAGGGAAUGGGGGGGGUAAGGCAGCCGAAUCGGGGUGAAAUUUGG